AUGUCUGCUUUUCCAGAUCUUUAUCAUAAAGUGGGAGGUGAGGUCUUGUUGAAACCAGACAUCACAAACUGGCCUGGCCCCAUCACAAACAUACUAUGGAAGCAUGGGGAGAACAAGGUGGCAGAGUGGUACAAUCGUUUUGGUCUGGACAUCUAUGCUGCCUUCAAAGGCCGCACAACCCUGGACCAGACUACUGGAGAGCUGAGAAUCAGAGGCUUGACGAAAACAGACAGUGGACUUUAUUCUGUGGAGUUCAACAGCAAACUGCAAUACAAGACAUAUAAACUGUCUGUUAUCAAGGAAGUCCCCAAACCCACAAUCACUUCUUCUUGUAACCCAGAUAAAACCUCCUGCACUCUGACCUGUGAAGGCGACACCACUGAUGCUGAACCCAUCACCUACAGCUGGAAAGUGGGAGAGGGGGCGUGGGAGGUCUUAGAUAAACAGAUGAAUGUCUUUAAGAGCGACACUGGCAAACCAACCAAUGGUUACAAGUACAUCUGCAAGUUGAAUAACUCUGUUAGUGGGGAAGGGGAAGUCAGUGAGCCAGUUGGAGAGGUGUUUAACUCAGGUGUGCAGGAUAUCCCCAAGACACCUGGAUUGCCUUUUUGA